AAAACCUGAAAGUAAAGGUGAGAGAUCUAAACAGGUCCUUAGACAGACAACGUUCUGUCGCCAAGUCAGCAAGUGAAGAUUCAAAAGACAGUCAUUUGUCAGAAACCAAGAAGAAGAAGAAGAAGAAGAAGAAGAAGAGGGGAACGGCAGAAAAGCAAGACAUACCAAAAGAAGAGACAGGCACACAAGAAAAUAAAACAUGUUUAGCCUUCAAUACUUCAUCUACCCCUGUUGAGGAAUCUGGCCUUGAUGAGUGUUCAAGUGUGAAGUCGUUCCACCCCACCACUGACACGUCACCAUUACAGCGCAAAUGGCACAAAGUCAGCAAGCGGUGGGAGACACAGUUAGAGAAAUUUGCCAACAUGGAUGAAAGUAAAGUUUAUAAAGUAGGAAACCUCACUCUUAUACAUGAUGAUAAUUACUUUCGCAUAGCAAAGGGAAGUGAUGGAACUGAGGUCUUCUUGGGCCUGAGGGAUGAUGGCACUGAAGUAGCCAUAAAGAAAAUGACCAGGUCAAACUAUCAGUUUCUCAAGAAUGAGGAAGGAUUUUUACGUCUUCCAGAGCUUGACAGUAGCUAUAUUGUGAGAUACAUGGACUUUGCGGAAGACAGUUUUUUUGGUUAUCUUGCUCUUCAGCUCUGUGAAUACACUCUGGAUGAAUACAUUACUACACACCUGUCCAAGGACGACACUCAUGCCCUGAUGAAAAUCACUCAAGAGGUGCUCCGCAGUUUAAGUGUCCUUCAUUGUCCAACUACCAAAGUCCUUCAUCGGGAUAUCAAACCUCAGAAUGUUUUGAUAGAUAUCAAUGGAAAUGCAAAAUUGGCAGAUUUUGGCAUAAGUCGCAGAUUGACAGUGGAACAAACAACUCUAUACACCAUCCCUGCAGGAACAAAAUGUUGGAUGGCCAAGGAGACGUUAGACAAACAAGGCUCUGGAUAUAAGAGGAGCUCUGAUAUACAGGUGGCUGGGAUGUUGGUAUACUACAUCCUUUCUGGUGGACACCACCCCUUUGAAGAUCCACUUGGUGAUGAACUUGAACAGAAUCGAAACAUAAUCAAGGGGACUUACACACUAGAACAUGUGGCAGACGAGGUGACUAAAGACCUCAUUGAGUGGAUGAUCAAUGAAGACCCCAAUGAGAGACCUACAGUGGAGGAGACCCUGAAUCAUCCCCUCUUCUGGAAACCACAGAGGAGAUUGGAUUACUUGAUCAAAAUUGGGAAUCAGGAUGAGGCAGAGAACCAUCGUAAUGCUGACCAAGAGCUCGUUCAAGCUCUAGACCAAGGUGUUGAGAUGAGAUCCUUCUAUCAGUGGAAAUCCAAGCUGCCCCCUUUGUUGAUCCAGAAGCUGGAAGGUAAAAAGAAGGCCUACACUGAGACCACAUUGGGAUUACUGCGCUUCAUACGCAACCUUGAUGCACACUACACUAAGGUUGCGGAUAAGGAUGCAGAUGCGGCCUGCUGUGUUUGCAAAGAUCUGGUGACGACGUUUCCUGAUCUCUUUGGAUGCGUUUACAAGUUUGCCAAGGAACAGAACUGGAAUACAAGACGACCUGAUCUGAGAUGUUUUUUAAUGGAGAGGAACUAAGCGCAUGAUGCUGAUAUAUGUGUUUACACAGACAGUCCAAUUCUGAUUUUUUUUGCCCAAUUAUUGGCAAUAGAGCUGAUCUGAUUGGUCAAAAGACCAAAAAUAUCAGAAUUUGGCUGCCUGUGUAAACAGACUUUUAUCAUUUGGAAGAUGCUGUUGAAAUUCAAUAUAUUUAUAUUUCCCAUUCUUUAGAGUAAAUAGAUUAGUGCAAAUUUGACACAAUGUUUGAAGGAAAACUGUUGAUUUUAGUAUAAUAUUUCCAGGAAUACUUUCUAUUAGAUUGUCACAAAAAAAUAUAUUGCACAUAGGCCAGCAGUGUAUGAAAAGGGAUUGCUACUCACUAUUCUAUUUUAGCCUGCAGUUGUAAGCAGGCCCAGUGAUUGUCAUGCAUUCUGAGUGGGAGAUUUUAUGGAGGAACACUGUUAACUGUUGCCUACUAGGGUAUUUGGUCACAACUGUAUGAUUGUUCAUGUCAAAGAAUGUUUGAUGCUGGAGCCAUUAAAUGCUUUCUUCAAAAACGACUGUUAAAUUGUUGCAU